UGAUUUUCGCUUCAAUGUAUUUUAGGAACAUAAGUAUGACGUAAUUAAAUCCCUGGUUUGACUAAGUUCAUAUGAUGAAUUGUUGCAAGUUGUCCUUGGCUCUUGUUUGCAUUAUCACCACGCUUGUAGGAAUACUUAUACUUGCUUUGCAAAUUGUUUCGGCUUCUACAACAGCAUGGGUGCACUUGAAAAAUCGACGAACGUCGUUCUCAUUUGGAUUAUAUCGACUUGAAGAUCACAUUGGCUUAGUAACAAUAAAGCUUGUUCAAUCCACUCCCGUUGUUGUCAUGCAAGCAAUGGCUAUCUUCUCCAUAUCAGCUGGAUUAUUUGGAAUAAUUACCACCGUUUUGGGCGCAACUCAAAGAAAUAUUUGUGGCAGAACUACCAAGUUUUUCAUCAUUCUCGCACAAGUAUUCAUUUCCCUUUCAGCAAUUUUGUACCUUAUCGGAGUUGCCACAUUUACUCAUUUCUGGCUGAAAAGCCCAUCGAAAUUUUUUCAAACACUGCCGACUGGUUCGAAUGAAUUUAUAUAUGGAUACGCUUAUUGGAUAUCUUGGUUGGCGCUAUUGUGCCAACUAGCUCUGAUGCUCUUUCUGAUCAUAUCAGUCAAUUGUGUGAUACGUUCGAAUGACGAACGAUUGGCUGGAUAUGAAGAUUUGGAAAAGAUUCGCAGUAAAGGCGACGAAAAACGGUUAGUCGGUAACGAUAAGUUGGGGUCGAAAAAGAAGCUAACGAUAUCUGAAAGAAAAGGUACAGUGGGAUACAGCGUGAAAAAAAGCGAAAAGAGAGACAAGGAAGCACACAAGGAGGCCCUGGGAACAGCGGCAGCGUCUGUCGUGGAAAGAGCAAUUGUGGAAGGAGUCAAUAAGUUGGAAACAGCUGCUCCGAGCACAAGCACAUCGCACUAACAGAUUAUAUAGACUAUAGGAUGUAUUUCCAAAAUAUAAUUGCAAUUUAAAUAAAAUCUAUUGAGUUCGUGAGAAUAUGGAAGUUGCUUACAAUUCAGCCAUAGAAAUGGCCUAGUUUGAUACCUUACUCCAGGGAAACCUGACGGAAGGAAAUUGAAUAUGGUGGUAUCCAGUGGUGGGAUUCAAUUUUUUUGUCAGCCGGUUUCAUCAAAAAAGUCAUAUUUUUCACCCGGUUCUGUUACAAAAAGUCCUUAAUUAAUAGUGACCAGUAGGCCUAAUGCAACCCGGUUCGCUGAUCUCAUAAAAUUCCGUAAGACGGUUCUAUAGAACCGAUGCGAAACGGCUGAAUCCCACCACUGGUUACCCUACAACGAGGUUAAUGCCAAUUAGCAAUGACGUGAAAUAAUACGUCGUGUUGUAUUAUUAUUAUUACUCAUAUCAAAUAUAAAAUUAUUGAAAUUUUCUCAUAGAAUAUAUAUAUAUAUGGCCAUCAAAUUUUAUUGUUUAUAGAAUAUUACAUGUACUAUAUAAUUACAGAAUUUUGGAACCUAGUUGAAAUAACAUGUUUUAAAUUUAUCUAAGUAUGAAUCCAAAUUUAUUUAUCUCACUUCAACCUUAUUCAUUAAUAUUAUAUAAAUAGUAAAUACUGUAUAUAUAUAUUCGUCUUCGUUUGAUUUUUUACAAAAUUCGUCAAUUAUAUAUUAAGGUUGUAAAAUUUUAAAUGACACGCUCUAUACAUUGCCAAAAGUGAGGAAAUAUUAUAGACUUCUUGUUUAAGAUUCAUCGAAAACUAGUAAAUCAGAUGUAAAUUGAAAAAGUGUAAAUUUAAAUUCACGAUUGUCUAUUUUGCGCCAAAUCGGUCUGUUUCAUUACGUUUUUUUUUUCAAUAAUUAAAGUGCACAAUAAGUCUACAUUGUGACACAUGAUUGGUAGGCUAAUUCGUUGUUGCGAACUUUCUUGAAUUGUUUUCAUUGAUUGCUCAAGAACUGUGUUUAUGAAAAACAAAAUUCUAUGUUGCCCAAAAAUUUAAAAAUUAUAUUGCAUUAUGGGGUAUCUGAUGUGUAAUAAUGAGUUCAGUAACCACAGCCUCUUUCUUAAUAGACUGGAUACAACCAUAGAUACAUGUUGUAGAGUCAUUUAACAGAGAUAAACAAGUAACUAACUAAUCCCAUACCCGACAUGGAAUGGUAACCGGACGAGAGGCCGUGGUUCGCCAUAUGAAUAAGCCGUCUUAUCGACUUUUCUCUCCCACGGGAUAAAUAUGUAAAUCCUAUCCUAUCCUUGUUGCGAACAUUAUUAAUCUUUCUAUAUGCCAUUUACGCAAGUUCAUCGAACAUGCUUCGGUAUUUGAAACGAUAAAUAAUAAACAGAAUAAUGCCCUUAUUGUACGUUGUAUGUAUUUGUUGGAGCUUUGUUAUAUAUUAUUUUUAUGCCAAUUAUGUAUUUAUUUUGUCUAUACAUGCGAAGGAAAGAAAAUUUGACCGUCUUCCGCGUCUUCUUUUGGAUUGCGCCCUGACUAGCGGCG